AUGUCGUUCCAGUUCUCUUGUGCGAGGGCCCAAACUCUUCAGGAGUAUCGGUUUGAAGUUGCCGCAAAACUACAAAGUACAGAAAGAAGGAUUUUUGCAUUGCAAAACAAUAUGUCUGUAUUUCUUGAAAUAUUGGGAUUUGUAUUUGGUCGCAAUGCAAAAGAUAAAAUUGAUAGAGAUGAUGAAACUUCCAAAAGAAACUCAUCAGUUGAAUCAGCUUCUUCCGAAACUUCUGUGAAGGUGAGUUCUUCCCCAAGUUGCGAUGAUCUGCUACGCCAAUCUGAUCCAACCAUAAUUUACUACUACGAAGAUUACCCUAAUUUAUCAAUCAGAAACUCAACUGCAAAAGAGCCUAAUGCUGCAUCUCUUCAAUCAAAUCUGAGAAGGGCUCCCGAAGUGUCUCAAUCUUCAGCUAAACACACAUCAACUUCUUCUAAUUCAUUAUCUUCAGCUCCAAAAGCCCCCAAGUCUGUUGCACAAUCAUCACCAUUUCCCAAACCUGCAAUACCUUCUUCCUCUAUAGCAUCUUCAUCACCCUCUUUCGGGAAGUCUUUAUCUUCUGAUCAACCUCUAUUAUCACAAUCAUCUUCCCGGCAGGCUCCUCCAUCCUCUAAGCCAACUCUCUCUGCACUCCCCAUUCGUCCAACAAAUCAGCAUACUCAAGCUAAUUAUACAGUGAUUCAAAAGGCCACAUCACCAAUUUAUAUGAUUCCCAAGGACAUUGAAAAUUUGAUCAAGAAAGACAUUGGGCCUGACGUUCUGAAAAAGCCAUUGUCUCCAACAACCUAUAAGGAUUACUUUGCUGCCCUGCUAUACGCCGAGGAUUUCUACAUUGAGAAAUGGAGCGAGUUUAAGUUGUUCAGCGUAACAUUGAAGUUUCAUAAAGCAACAAUAUAUAACAAGCCAUCCAAAAAUGAUUACUUGAAAGGGAAUGAUGAAAAACAAGAUAAAAUGUUUGUAGCCUUUGAGGUUGAUUCUGUUCCGGAGAGACGACCCUUCCUUUUGGCCAGGGACUUCGUCUAUGCACGACGUUUAGGCAGCACUGUCAAGCAGUUUCAAGGAUUAAUUUAUCGUGUGGUGAAGAGCAACAUUGUGCUAGUUGAAUUUGAAGAAGAUUUUUAUUCUCAGCAUCAUUCAGACCGCAAAUAUGAUAUUAGCUUCUCAUUCAACAGAGUGUGUUUGAAAAGGGCUCACCAAGCAAUUGCAGCUGCAUCUGAUCCUUUAUUCCACAGCUAUCUUUUUCCUGAUUGUGCCUCCCGAAAGAAUGACCCUGAAUCAAAGUCUAUUUUAAAACGCUAUAAUUAUCUUGAUUCGGAUCAAUUCUUAGCAGUUCAUCGGAUCUUAAACUUUCAAGGCUCACCACCUUAUCUUGUAGAGGGUCCACUUUCAGUAACCGACAGACAAUACAAGGGUCCACUUUCAGUAACUGACAGACAACUAUCAAAAACUGGAAUUGUUGUUCGAGAAGCAGUACUCGCAAUUUAUUCCAGCUCACUUAAGAAUCGAAUUAUCAUAUGUGCUCCUAUAAACAAAACUUGUGAUGUACUAAUGACAAGUUUGAUGGAGAAGAUUCCAGAGUCAGAUAUGUUUCGGGCCAAUGCUGCAUUUAGAGAGAGAGAUGGGGUACCGGACGAUAUCCUCCCCUUGUGUCUUUACAAAGGAGAGUGCUUUUCUUGUCCUUCAGUUCAGAAAUUGAGGGAAUUCCGGGUCAUAUUUUCAACUUUUGUAAGUAGCUUUAGGCUGCGUGAUGAAGGCAUAACUGCUGGACAUUUUAGUCAUAUUUUUCUUGUUGAUGCAUCAUCUGCUACUGAACCAGAGACACUUAUAGCUCUCAGCAAUUUGGCUAACGAGUCCACGUCCGUGAUAGUCACUGGCGCUCCGAGGAAGCAACCAAGUUGGGUCCGCUCAGAUAUUGCUAGAAAGAACGGAUUAAGGAGGUCAUAUUUUGAAAGACUUCGUGAGCACAACAAAUACAUGAGUUUUGAUCCAAUGUUCAUCAGUAUCCUCAACUCCGACUCUUAG